UGCAAUGUCGCUGCAUGCAAAUCUUAAAUUUGUCUUUGUUCUCAAUCAGCUGAGAACUAUAAACAUUGAUCACGUGACAAGUGCUAAAUUUAUGCAUGAAACAUAUCCGACCAAUGGAAAUCACCGAGUGUCUAUUUUCAUAUGUUGAUAAACAUUACGCAGUUGAGGUACCAUAACCACGUUACGAUCGUAACGAUGUAUUCAUAAUCUGAGUGACUUAAUCAAGGCACUCUUCAAAACGAACAAAGGAAAUAGAGAUCUAGAUCAUACAUCUGCUAGUGCUAGCUCUAGAAUUAAGCAUGCCAUUUAUUGGGAGAGAUUGGAGAUCACCUGGCGAUCAGUGGGUUCGAACUUCAGAAGGAUGGGAAAGAAUGAGAUUAUGGCGAGUAAAAAUCUUUGAAAACCUAAAUCAGAAUGCAGUGGCAAGGACUACCCGUCUUGCAUUAGAAGAUUUGAACCCCUCAAGAGAGCAAACCGAAUACACCGGUAAAAGACAACCAUAUAUAAUUUUUAACAGUGGUUCCACUAAAGAGAAAAUGGAACUUACCUCUUUGAGUGAAGCUUUGAUAAGGUUGGAUAUGUCUGGAGCAACAAGAGAUAUGAGUCGUGCAAAUUAUGUGGCAAAGCUGAUGACACUUAUCAUGGGGAAAACGUUUCCUGUACUCAGUGGCACAUCUCAGAAACAUGUCAUCAAUAUAUUAGAUGCAAUGGUCAGUGAAGCUAUUAAGUCUGAACUUAAUAUUGGAAUUAUGAAAGAUCUUCUGGAUUGUGCCGUGGAUGCUUUAAAUGAAGGAAAACAUUUUCAUAUUGGCAGUCAGUGUCUGUGGUCCAAGCAUUUAGAAACUGUCAACAAGCUUACCAACAAACUCUCAGAAUACCAAAUGAAAGAGAGAAACAAAGAUGGGAGAUUGAUGUUACAUGACCUACCUACAGAUUGCCUGAGAGUAAUAUUUGCACAGAUUUCAGAUCAUAAAGAUGUGAUGAGGGCUGGUCAAACCAGUACAACUUUAAAUAAGGUGACAGAGGAAAGAUCUUUGUGGAGGGAAAUGUGUUUAUAUCAUUUUAAUAACAGACAGAUCCUCACAUUUCUGCCAAAGCAAACUGAUGUAGAUAUAGAUUGGAAAAAUAUUUACAGAAGGUGUUACAAGCGUUUUGGUAGAAGAGAAACUUUUGCAGAUAUGCUUGCUAUUUGUUCACAUUGCUGUGGCAUUCACUGGAAGUCACUAGGUCAUCCUUGUAUAAGUGAAAAGUCAUUCAGCAUAAAGGAACUUACACCAAAAGACUUCCUGUCCUUGUUUAAGCUCUGAUCCACAUUUUCAAGCUCAUGGUUUGUUGGAUGAUUGCAGGUUGAAGGCUCAGUAAUGAACAGCAGUUUGUUAUAAUUGCAUAACAAAAAAAAAUGCUUGUCAUAUCAAAUGUUACAUAUAACUUUUAUAUAAGCUGAUGAACAUAUUGAAUUCAUAACUAACAGAAUUCUUCUGUACAUUUUGAUAAUGUAAUUAAACUCAUUAUUCACAAUGAUUAUCAUUAUCAUUCUGAAUAUACUUAAACAUGACUGGAUGUGCUAAGCGCUGUGGACUGUCACCAUGAUGGUCCUGGGUUUGAAUCCCGCCCACUGACAUCCCCAAGCAUCUAGCAGGAGGUUAGUGAAAGAUAUAAUAAUCUUCAAUUCUAAAGGAACAUCUGAACCAUGUAAAACUAAGAAAAAGAUGAAAAUCUCUAAACACAAAUCUAGACUCAACCUUUGACAGGUAAUUAAAUGAUAAAAAGAAGUGUGUAGUUAUAUAGAUGUUAAUACUGUUUAUAUAUUUUUUGUAUUUAGCAAAAAAUUUGGAUUUCAAAAUAAAUAUUGUGUUACUUUGUUGCUAUGUUGUUAAAAUAUUAAAAUAGUAUAUUGUGUGAAUUAUUUCCUUACCAAAUUUGAUUUGAAUCAAAUACAAAUGUAAACGUUUUUAAAAACUUGUGCUAAUGUGAUAAUUAAAAACACAUGUGUGGAACUUUUACUGCUAUUUUUGUUAUUUGAAUGGUCUUUUCAUUGCUAAAUUUUUGUUAAUGCACCAUAAAUUCCUCUUUUUUGUCAAAAAUUAAGAAUAAAACAUCAAACUAGUUUUCUUCAAAUCCAAUUUUAUUUUAUGUUUUCUAAAUAAAAUACAUAAUCUAUUACAGACAGGCUGACUUAACCUAAAUUCUAAUAUUUAUUGUUUUUAAUUCAGUCUGCUUACUUUUUUUUGGAAAGUAGCAUUAUUAAUUACUGUGAUAAACUUUUAAAAAAAAAGAGCAUAUUAUAUAGAUAUCAAUGGGUGUAUCUUUUUUUAUCAACAUUAUCUUACCCAUAAAAUAUUUAAAUUUUAUAGAUUUUUUCAUACAAAUUAUUUUUCAGCUAAACUAAAAAUGAACGUAACAUGAUUUUUAACUUAAAUAGCGUAGUUACUUAAAAUAAGCGUGAUUGUAAUUAAUUUCCAACAGAUAAUUUUUUUUUACACAUAGACAAACAAAUUGUUUUAUUGCUGUAAUAUUUGUUAAUAUUUCAUUUAAAUGUGCAGUUCAAAAUAUAAUUCAGUUCUAACUAUAAAUUUUAUUUACACAAGUCAGAAUUGUCUAUUGCAAAGUAUUUGGAUUAGCUGACAACAGAACUUAUUGUCUCUGUUCUAUGGCUGUGCUGGAAUGUACAAAUAAUUUUAACAAAAUGAAUCUCGUGAAAAAAGUGUUCCCUUUACAUUUUUUCCUCUGCAAUAUAUUUUUUACUUACUUUUUUGAGUUCUAAGUGGUACUAACUUGUCAUCUUAUACACUGAUGUUUUCUUAUAUUUUUCUUUUUUUUUAAUGCUAACCAUUCUUUGAUCUAUUUUCAUAUUUUUGAUGUGCUUUCACUUCCGAUUCUGUGAACAAAUUAUUUUUUGACAUAAUCAGAGAUGUGAAUGUCAUUAAAACAUGUUUUUCUAUCCAGAUUAUUGUUAUAACAGUAUUUUGUUGUUGUUUUUUGUGAUAUGUCUAUACUUUGAUUAAGAAUAUGUUGGUGAAAUGCUGAAGUGCUUGGUUGCCUAUCCAUGGGUCUUAAAUUUGAUUUAAAGUUCAGAACUUUAAGACAUCAAGUCAACCUAGCUCCAAGGAGUACUGUGCACAUUUUAGGAGAGUGUGUUGGUUGUUAUGCUGGUCUUGUUACAUGUUCUUUUGUUGAUCACAGAAACAGUUCUGUCUCAUGAUAUACAGUCAAAACUGAUACUAAUUAUUUUUUUUUAAAUCCUUAGUAUCUCUAAUGUAAUGAAUGUGUCUUUUUUUCUUUCCCUUUUUUAAAUAUUCUUUUACAUCAAAUGUUUUUGAUGAAUAUAAGCAUGUAUCAAAUUUCAGAUGUUUUACUUAACUGUAUUAUUAUUUUAAAAUUGUUAUUAAUCAAAAUUAUUAGUUUGAAAUGUCUUAUUGUUUGAGGAUAUGAACUGCUUAUAAUAAUACUUAUAGUCUUAGCCUAUAUAUUUUUUUUAUAAAGGUCAUUUACUAUCCAAUAUUUUUUUUUUAAAGCUUUAUGUCUUGCAUAGAUUUUGAACAACUUAAGUAUUUCAAUACAAUUUAUAUGAAAAAAUGACAUGAUAAAAGAUCUUAUUUCAAACAAAUUUUGAUGGUCCAUUGAAGCCUGAUAUUUAGAGUUUAUACUGUAUAAACAAAAAUGUUUAAUGAGCAGGCCCUCUUUACUUGUCUCAGAUUUGUUCUGUUUGUACUAUCAAAUAUAAUUUAUGUAAUCUAUUUACUUUCUUAUUUGAAUUCAUGAAAAAAAAUGUUCAAAAUAGUUUUUCUGUGAUAAAUAUAAUGUGUGGCAUGUUCUAUACAGAAAAACUAAACCUUAAAGUUAUCUUCACUGUCUAAACAUUUGUUUGUGAUAAACGAUAAACUGUUGAUGAUUGUAAAUUGUUGAGACAUGUGACUUGGCUUGUUAAUGAUACAGGACUGCAUUCCAGUUUUAUU